ACAUACGGUUGACACUCAUUUGAAGAUGCGUGCCGUGCCCCUUUCUGACGGCCAAGCCUACUUCCUGGUGGACGGGCAGCGCCUCAGUGUAGCCUCAGUGGGCAGACGGGAAAAAGCAUGGGAAGCACGGUGACGGAGUCAAGCAAGGAGAGCUCAAAGAAAAUGCCAAAGAAGAGGAGAAGUCUGCGGAUUAACAUGCCAGACUUUGGUGCGUUUACUUCCCCGCAAGUGGAAACGAGUGGCUCAACCAAAAGUGGCGCUCAGAUGGGGGAGCGUCGCAUCCGUUCAGCCAGCCCUAUCAAAUCAGUGUCUGCGAGGAGCCCGGUUCUGCUGCCCCAGUGUCCCCAGUCUGCUCCAGUGCAAAUAAAGACCAGCUCAGGUUCGCCCAAAAGUAUCUUCCCCUAUCCCUCCCACCAGAACUCCCCGCCAAAGUCCCCUCGCCGCCUGAGCUUCACUGGUAUCUUCCGCUCCUCAUCCAACUCCACGACUGGAAGCAUCAAAAUCUUCUCCAGAACUAAAAGAGCCUCGGGACUCUUCACACCACCCACCACCCCAACCCAGUCAUCCAGCCAGCCUGUUUUCACCCAGGAGGCUGCUCCCAUCAGGCCCAGCACCGAGCGCCAGGAGUCCAGCUCUCGAUCCCGCUCGCUCUCCACACCUCCAGACACAGGACAGCGGCUCAGCCUCCCCUCUGCCAAACCCCCAAUCCCUUCCUCGAGCCCUGUGCCAGCUUACUCUACCUCACAACAAGUCUACGGUUUAUUCGAAGGCAUGCUGGAGAAACUUGAACUAGAUGAUGAUGCUGCUGAACCUGAGAGUGAUAUUUACAUGCGCUUUAUGAAAUCCCACAAGUGCUACGACAUCGUCCCAACAAGUUCCAAGCUGGUUGUGUUCGACACAGCGCUCCAGGUUAAGAAAGCGUUCUUUGCCUUGGUUGCCAACGGUGUGAGAGCCGCUCCACUAUGGGACACUGAGAAGCAAAGCUUUGUGGGAAUGCUGACAAUCACAGAUUUCAUCAUCAUACUACACAGAUACUAUAAGUCACCUAUGGUGCAAAUUUAUGAAUUAGAGGAACAUAAGCUUGAGACGUGGAGAGAGGUUUACCUUCAAGCAACAUUCAAACCUCUAGUCAACAUAUCACCAGAUGCAAGCCUUUUUGAUGCAGUGUACACCCUCAUCAAAAACAAAAUUCACCGCCUGCCUGUCAUUGACCCUGUCACGGGGAAUGCACUUUACAUCCUCACACACAAGAGGAUCCUCAAGUUCCUCCAGCUAUUUAUGUGUGAAAUGCCAAAGCCAGCUUUCAUGAAGCAGACUCUUGGAGAGCUGGGCAUCGGUACGUACAAUGACAUCGCUUUCAUCCACCCAGACACACCCAUCAUCAAAGCACUCAACAUCUUUGUGGAGAGACGAGUGUCUGCCCUGCCUGUGGUGGAUGAGUCUGGCAAAGUUGUGGAUAUUUACUCCAAGUUUGAUGUGAUUAACUUGGCUGCCGAGAAGACGUACAACAACCUGGACAUCACAGUGACGCAGGCUCUGAAACACCGCUCCCAGUACUUUGAAGGGGUCAUGAAGUGCCACAAAAUGGAAACCAUGGAAACCAUUGUGGACAGAAUAGUCAAAGCCGAAGUUCAUCGGCUGGUGGUGGUGGACGAGCGCUCCAGCAUUGAGGGCAUCGUCUCCCUGUCAGACAUCCUCCAGGCCCUGGUCCUAAGUCCUGCAGAUGCCUGUAAGGAGGAGAACUUGCCUGAGUGAGAGGGAGGAAGUCACAGUGGAAGUGGAGAUGUGGUGGAAGUAAAUAAGUCUGAUGGUUGAGGUAGGGAGCGCGAGGCUGAGCAGAGCAGAGCCGGUCCAACGGUCCCAGAGAUGCCUGCAACUGAUGCACUAUAGAGGCUUAGAAACCAAAGAGCUAGACAGCUGAAUGAAGUGGAGUUCCUGCACUGAGGAUUGGUAUACCUGAAUUAAUCAUAUUUUUUUUUUUUAGAACACUGAUCAAACACACACACACAUACACACACACACAGAGGGAGAGAGAGAUGUAGAAUAGUCACCAAAGGUGGAAGAGUUGAUACAUUUGGGUGUUAGGAUCAUGCUGCUGUCAUCACUUCAAUUUCACCCACAUCUCGAUGAUGAUGAAUGUCACGGCCUCCAGGUGAACCCAGAUUCUCCUCAGUAUAUGAUGAAGAAAGGCAAACAUACAUAUAUGCAACUUCAUUUUGGUUAGCGCAUUUACAUGUUACCAAUAAAAGGCUGUUUAAUGACUGUUUGCAAAAUUCAAAAAAAUCAAUUUGCAAGUGCCAAUACAGAUGGAUUGAUGCCCAAUCUUUAUUUGUGCCUUUUAUUUCCCUUCACGUACGAGUUAAACCUGUCUGUAUUCGUGUCUUAUGGACCUUUUAAUGUCAGAUGAGUGCAGUUAUUUGAAUUACUUUUAAACACUUGUAAGAUAUGAAUGUAAAAUUGAAGAGGUUGCAAAUUCUUCCCUCUGCGUCAAAAGAGAACAAGACUUCUCUGAUUUUCAAAACCAUUUUCGUAAGGGUUGUGGAUUUCUUUUGUAAACGCUGAAUAAGAAAACAAAACUUCAGAUACAAUCAAAAUCCUUUCAGCACAAAAAAGCAGAGGUCAGACGCAAAUAUGACUGUACAUUGAAGAUAUAGAUACUAAUGGCCAAGAACCUGCAGUGAGCAGCAACUAGAAUGCAUUUUUGUAACCGUACUACAAGACCCCAAAAUGUCUUUUUUAGAUGGUUACUAUUUUUUGUACAUUUCUUUCUGUUGCUUUAAAACCUCAGGCACUCAAAAACAUGCAAAUUAAGGCAGAUAUCUCAGCUGUAGCUCGACAGGACUCAUCUCCAUCUUUGACUGUAAAUAGGAUUGUUUUGGGGAUACAUGUCACAUAAAGCUUUAUUUUUAUGAAUGUGUCAACAUGUCUAGAGAGACUGCAAUUUUAAUGUUAUUUUUGUAAAUAUAUUGUGGCAAUAUGUCCGGUUCAAAAGAGACUUUGUAUCAGAUCAACGUGUACUGUAAAUGUGCAAGCAUGAGAAACUACACUUCAGCAGUAUGAAUGUUCUUUGUUUUACUUUUUCUAUUUUUCUGGCUGCAGAAAAAUAAAUGGACACUGAAUGUACUUUA